CGAUAGAACCAGUGUUAGACGGUGCUGGAAUAGCCAUUUUGGAUCAAACUCUACGAGACCUAUCUUCCUUUUGCAACGCGAUUCGUCAAGUUCCUGUCGGUGGCCGAAUCUCGAGUUUCAUAUUCUGCAAUAUCUGUUUCUUCAUUUGCGAAUAAAUUAUCGAAAUGAGUUCCUCGCAUCUAGCAGCUGGAUCUGAUAAACCAGCGGACGUGGAAGGUUUAAGUCGCCUCUACAGCAUGACAUAUUGUCCUUUUGUUCAUAGAAUAAGGCUUAUACUUACUUUGAAAAACAUCCCUCAUGAUAUUGUCAAUAUUAAUUUAAAGGACAAGCCAGAGUGGUACCUUGAAAUUAAUCCGAAGGGCACAGUACCGAGUUACGUAGAUUCGAAUGGUGAAACAUUAACGGAUUCUAUUGUGAUAGCGAAUUAUCUGGACGAGAAGUACCCUGAACCGACUCUGUACAACGAAGAAACAAAGAGCCGCGACCUGGAACUGCUGGAUCACUACUCUAAAAUUGCAGUUAUUUUCAAAGAAUGCAUAUACGAUGAGGACAAGAGGCAGCUCGAAGAGAUUGUGGCAGAGAUUAUGGAUUAUUUAGACGAAUACGAACAAGAGCUUAAUGUUCGCCAAACACCCUUCUUCGGAGGAGGUAGUCCCGGUAUGUUAGAUAUUCUAAUGUGGCCGUGGGUUGAGAAAGCGAAAGCUCUGCCGCUACUUUACAAACAAGCAGCGGAUUUUGAUAAAGAGAGAUUUCCCAAGCUCAUGAGAUGGAUAAUAGAAAUGAAGGAGCAGCCAUUUGUUAAAGAAAACAAAUCUUCGUACGAGCAGUUUGCACAAUAUAUGGAAACUGUAAGAUCGGGAAAACCUGAGUAUGACUUUUAGAUAUGUUUACAAAUAUGAAAAUAGUGCGAAGACAAAUAAUAUCGCAGAAUAUCGCUUGAUAGGAGCUAACGAAUUAACACAAUAAUAUCGACAUUUACGCUUGUAUUAAUGCGAAUUGCGAUAGCAAUUCUCUUUCGCUACAUGCUACACGAGUUUUGCGGCAACAGAAUAUGUAUUCGAUAUCAAAGCGAUCUAAAUAUUUCCUAUUUUCAAUCCAGUUUGAAACACAGCCGAAAGGAUCCGAUGAGGGAACUGGAAUCUUGGAAAUGAAUUAAAAGCAGGUUCCCUUUCAUUGAACGAUCGGCUGCGUUCCAAACUGCAUCGAAAGAAAAGUGUUUGAACCAAGUAAGUAAGAGACCAAGGACACAGACUUGUCCUUGUCUUUGUGUGAACAAACAGAAAACUUUUCUAUAACAUCGUAUUGGAAUAAUUUUAUAAGUUGUAAUAAAAUUUAUUUAUGUUGUGUCAAUACAACAGCGGAGAACGAGGAAA